GGCUCUUGGGGUUUGGCGAUGCUAGUGUUCUGGGGUUGUCGGUGGGCCCGUUUCUCUCUGACAGCCCUCCCGAUAUUUUUGGCCAUAUUCACUGCGAACCUCGAGAGAUAUUCAGGCUCUUGGGGUUUGGCGAUGAUAGCGUUUUUGGGGGUUCCGGUGGGAGCCCCAUUUUCUGGCAGACCUCCCGCCAUCCUUUCAAGCACAUCCGACUACUCCGUCGGAAUCUCGAAUGGAUCUCCGUUUCAUCGGGUCGUUUCAUCGCGCCCGUUGUCCUUAUUUAAAGGCAGUAAAGCUUCUGCCUUGAUUAUUGUGGCGCUUCGCGCCUGCUACGGAUUACAACGCAUCUUUCUCCGCUUGAGGUGCGCCGCUGGUUCAAUUAGCAUUGUUUUUCGGGCGUUGCUCGUUCUAUCGCGGAUAACAGAGCCGAUUUUUACGUGUUAUGGGUUUGCAGUAUUGUGUUGGUGUUGUGGCGUCUUGGGCCAGAUUACCAAUCUUCUUCAACUACCCGCCCGCGGACGCGAUAGCUCUGGAGGUACCCUACCGGUUUUUGCGAUAAUGACGACCGAGCAAAGCGGCUGCUGUGUCUGCUCUGGUUCGCCAGAUCUGUUGCGCCUGCGAACCCGAGAUCUAAAAGCUAGCUGUGACUGUGAUCGUCAGAAUACUACUUUGAAAUGUAAGUCUGUGCCUUCCUUUGCUUCAACCUUCAUACGUUUCUGCUCGUCAGUAACUAAUUCCUCCUUACGUUAAUAGUCUGCAACAGCCCAGCUAGUCAGUGUUCUGGGGCGGUUACUCACUGCCUGCCAUAAGCGAAUUCUCUAGGCGACUGUCCUAGACGCUCGCCUUUCUCGCUUCACAUUAUUCACAUUCUGUCCGGUUUCUCGUGUGAGCGUAUAUUGCAGCCAUUGCCUGGGUACCUUUGGUGUGUUUUCGACAGGUAUAGCUUCCCACGCCUAUUUGACGCGGUGCCUAAGCAAAGCUAGUUGACCCUGGCGAUUUGAAGUAUUACCUAUGCAUAGGGCCUCGAAUGUGGCAUGGGUCAUUCACUUCCGGUCCUUUGUUAACGAGUCAGGCGGAGACGUUCGGAAACCGGGAGUAUUCAAUUGGCAAAACUGCCGGCCGGCGGCCGC